CCGACUUCCCCUGGCAUGACGUGCCGGGCCUACUCUAACUCUAACGAUUGGGAUAUCAACGAUAGUUCCAUACCUAGAAUUGACGACUACGAUCAAUUUUCAGAAUGGGCAGACGGCCACUGUCGGUUAGUAUACCGAGCAGAUAGCGAAGAAGCCAAACGACAUUCAUCUGGAUGGGCUAUGCGGAAUACCAACAAUCACAAUGUACAUAUAUUGAAGAAAAGUUGUUUGGGAGUACUCGUAUGUUCCUUGAGGUGCACUUUAUCCACCGGGGAUAAAGUACAUUUGAGACCGGCGAUUUGUGACAAAGCCAGGAAAAAACAACAAGGUAAACCUUGUCCAAAUAGGCAAUGUACGGGACGAUUAGAAAUUUUAGCGUGUAGAGGACACUGCGGGUAUCCAGUUACGCAUUUCUGGAGGCAUACUGAACACGCUAUAUUCUUUCAAGCCAAAGGAGUACAUGAUCAUCCGAGACCAGAAGCUAAAAGUACAUCCGAAGCGAGGAGAACAUUAGGAACUGGUAGAAGAGUAAGAGGACUGGCUGUGCUUUUAGCAAAGGAAGCAGCUUUAGGAAAUAAAUUGAUGUCAUUGCGAGAACCAAAAAGACAAUGUCGAGAAAUAACAAACCAAGUAUCAAGAACUUUAAAUUCUUCUUUGAUCUUCACAGAAUCAGAAAAAGGUUACUGUUCUUGUCCACCUUUCGAAUGCAUCUGCAGUUACCAACAACCAGUGCUUAACAAUAUGAACUUUUCACCUUCAACCAAUACCUAUCAACAACCUCAUGUAUCGGAAACUUACUGGAAUCAAGAACCGUCCAUGCAACAUUACCAAACAAUCCCUGAAUCAUCAAUAACUACCCACCAAUACGAUUUCACGAAUAUUUCAACGGACCUCUUCCAACCUGAAGACAUUUUCCAAAUGGAUCAGCCCAUUAAACCAGACUACGUAACUCAAAUGAGCCAGAGCGAUGCAGCUAGAAGCCCGCCUACGUUACUAGAUCUAGGAAGCGGAACAAUCCACAAAGAAUUUAAAUCCGAGGAAUAUUGGCAUCCUUCUCUAAACAACAUGUUAAAUGAUGACAGCAAUAAUAGUAGUAAUAGUAGGUUUAAUCUUAGUCAGAGUCCCGAUAGUCAAAUGAUACUUAAUAAUAACGUGGCUCAAUUAGACCAGCAAUUGUACUUAGAAACGAAAGUAGUAGAAGAUUUUAAAAAUCAUUAUUACCCUCAAACUAGCAUAGAAACUUAUAAACCUACUAGUGUAGAUCUAGUGCAAUCGAAACCCUUCAGCUUAGAGGAAAAACACUAUCAAGCGGCGUAUGAUCCGUACCCAACUAAAUCGUAUUCGAGUAAACCAAAUUAUCAAGACGAAUACAUUGAUCUUGCUCAAUACAACGAAUACAAUCAUUUUAUUAACGUUUAUGAUAGUAAAGUGAAUAGUGAUAAUAUGCUCUUCAAUGAUCUCGAUUUUAGAGUAAAUAAUUGUGGUCCUAGUGUUAGUAAUCUAAAUACUUUCAGUCAUGAUACGUUUGAUGUGAUUUCUCAUGAAUAAUUUAGUGAUUGGAAUCACUGUCUGAGUGCCUUGUUCACAAAUUGCUUUCGAUGAUCUUAAAAA